AUGAAGCCGUCACUCUUUCUCGCUCCGGCGCUCUCCCUCGUCGCGGCAAUAGUACCCGACUGCCCUUCCUGCAGCAAGAACAUGCUUGGCGAGUCCGCUUCUAGCGCCCGUCUCGACGGGUAUAGAGAAUUCAUGAACCUGAAAGGACGAUCGUAUCCCCCAGGAUGGCCUCCCGGCUAUGAGGAGAAUAAAGAGGCGUACGACUCCAAUUACAAAGCUACGCAUAAACCAGAGGGUGAAAAGCAGGAGCCGCAGCCCCCUCCUGAGGAGAAGCCGAGGCCGCCUACAGAGUACGAGACAAUGCCACCUCCAACACCGCAUGAGUCUGAGCCAGAGUAUGACGAUGAUCCCGAGUAUGACUAUGAACCUGAGCCUGAGCAUCACCUUGAGCCGGCACCACCACAUCACGAGGAACCAGAGCCCUACCCAUACCAGCACCUCCCCAAGCCCAUCAAGCCGCAACCUCCCAGCCCCCCUGUGGGCAGUGCCUGCCACCCUGGCACCUACACCUGCGACGACUCGACGGGUUGGCAGGUAUGCGAUGUCGGUGGCUACUUCGUCCACGCUGGCGUCUGCCCGCCCGACACGGUGUGCAAGUUCUACGAGGCGAGCAAGAGCCCGUACUGUGUGCCCCCGGACUUUGUCAUCUCCUAA